AUGCCGGCAGGUCGUACCGGAUCGCGACACUCGAGUGCCACCCCAUCCAAUUUAAAGUCGGGAAAAUCACCCGGAAUGACUAAAUGGCGGCCAAUUGUCCCAAGGCUGUCUUCGGAGGAUGGUGUCGCGCGUGUAAGGCGACAUGCGCCGGUCAAUGGUGACGUAGUAGACCCUCCAACAGCAAGAGCUCCUACGGUUGACAUGGGCCGCACCGAGACGCGAGCGAGAGGCACGCCUGCCAAAGAUUCCCCCGCAGAAAAGAAACCAGCCGCAAAUAAGCUUGCCCGACCGAAAUUCGCUGGGGAGAAGGAUUCUGGUCAGGAGAUCGAAGAAACAGGGCGGACGAGGUUCAUCGCUGUCCCACAAGGGUUCAACACCGUUGCUGCCUAA